UAUAAUUAUGAAGCUAACGUAAUCAUUUUUCCAAUAUUUUUUUUUAGUGCGGGAAUCCUUCUCAUCUCCCAGCUACUUGUGUUGAUUACCGUUGGUACAACUCUUAUCAGCUUCAAAAUCAAGAUCAAAGAUUUCAAGUGAUGGAGUAUAGAGUGACUGCAUACCAAACGCUCUUGUCAGAUCUGGAUAAUCUAAAUGAAUUCUAUAUAGGUUCUCCUCAUCUCACCGAUUUUCUCACUGUCAUCAGUGAAAUGCGGAGAGGUCUUCAUCAAUUGAAAUGGAUAACGAUUGCGAUCUACCAGGAUCUUGGGAGAAAUUUAAUAGCGAGUGGUCCAGGUACAAAGGACUUAUAUAAGAGAAUGGAUCGGGGUAUAUAUGCCCUUAAAGUCUUCCUUUUCUCGAGACCGUCUGAUACGGAGUGGCAUCAGAAAUUUUAUACUGUUCGGAAAGAGUUCGCUAACGCAAUUGUGCAGCUUCUUAUUCAUGAGAACAAGGUAUACAACUACAAAGUCCAUCAACUUCAGUCUCUUUCACAAUUUGAGAAAUGGGCAAUACGGGAGAUGAAGCCCAUUGUUUACGCGGAGGUUAAAGAGUGGAGCAAAAUGGAUCCACCUCCACGUUAAACUGUUGUUAUGUAUGUCACGAGUCUGUUUCUGGCAAUCUCAUUUCUUUUAAUAUUAUGCUAGUCUGUUUAUGGAUUGCCACUUCGCCAGUACCAACUCUUUUCUUUUAAUAUUAUGCGAGUCUGUUUAU